CUCAUCCUUGCAUUUUGAUGCGGCUCGAGAUAUGACAACAUCCAUAAAAUCAAAUAAAGACAACAAGGGUACCAGGAUAAAGACUUUCGCCACUCCUCAACAUUAAUGGUACUGAGCGCUAUUUGGAAUCUGGCUUUUGGAGUACAUAAUCCACCGCCGGAUACGCUAGACGACGAACUUAUCGAUGACAGUCUCAGGAACAGGGAUGAUGGCCACGAUCGCGAUUACGAUCGACAGAAUAUUGAGAGAGAAGCCAAUACUGCCAAGAUUCUUGCUCGGCAGCAAGCGGUAAUGGAUGCUGAAAGUGAUAUCCUUGGAACAACUGUGUACUUACCAGCACCCAAUAUCCGAGAUGAAGCAGCCGAGAACAAGAGCGGAUUCAUCCUAGUCGUUACGUCGUUGACUCUAAACAACAUUGGCUGUUACCCAUUCUUUGGUAUUCGCGACAGACACCAAGUGUUUCCUAAGUUAUUUCCAGAAACAUCACCCCGAUCCUCUAUUCAGUAUCUUCGACGAGUUUACCGUUCGCAAGGAAUUCUAGGGAUAUGGUACGGCAUGCCUUGUAGUAUGAUAUGCCAUACCUGUACCAUAUUUUACGAAGCAUUCCUGAACAGUAUUAUUGGACGACUUCGACAUCGUUCAAAAAAGACUCCAUCAAAAACCAUGAUUUAUCUAUCUACAAGAGUUAUUGAAUUUAUACUAUAUAUACCUCUCUAUCCACUUCUCCGGAACUCUCUUCUUCUGCGGAUGGACUCCCAUGCUGGCCCUUGGCCUACAAAUUCUUCGUACUUUCAUUUGCUCAAGACUUUUGCUACCGACUAUGUCCGUGACCUCAUUGGACUCUUUCACAGGCAGGGUCAAUCUCCCAGCAUACUACCUCUCUACUCAACUGUCUUGCCCUCUUAUAUCUUAAAUCUUCUCUUUGAGAUCAUUCAAACUUGGAUCUUCAGAUGGAUUAAUCCGCAACUAGUGCCAGCCAAUUUUUUCACAAGGAAAAAGUCAGCGAAAACAACAGUGCAACAUCCUCCGCCAGGACAGCUUUUAUCACCAGCGCCACUAGGCACAGCAAAUAUGGCUUCUGACCAUACAGCAGUGCCUACUGUGGCCGCUGGCUCAUCAUUGGAACGAUCACUAGAGUCUGGGGCACGUCGAAAUGGCCAACACCCACAAGGUCAGCAACAGCAACAAGGUCAACAACAGCAGCAUUCGGGGCCAGACUAUAGCGGGGCUAUGACAAUGGUAUCUGCGAACGAAAUCUCUGCGACAAUCAUGGCGGCCAUGCCAACAGUCUCAUCCAGUUCGUCUGCUUCAACAACCAUGGCAGUCAAUCGGGCUAGACGUGGACUACGAUAUCUUUCUACAGUGACCCCACGAAACCCUACACUUCUACAAGAGUUUUAUCCCGAGAUGGUCAGUGCUAUGACCAGUAGUAUGAUCACUCGAGUGUUACUUUACCCGCUUGAUACCGUAGCGGCGCGUGUUUCCGCAUAUGGUGGUUCUUUUCCCGGUAUUGGUAUGGCGCCUACUCCAUAUCGUGGAUUUUGGGACUGCUGGAUCCAAUCCAUCCGGCCAUCUGGUGGAGGAAUCCUUGGUUUGUAUUCCGGGGUGAUCGACUGCAUCCUUAUCGAGGCCAUGGUACGAUGGGUUGUACUUGAAGGAACCUGGUUUGCCCAUUUAGUCAUUAAGUGGUUACACCGGAGAUAG